AUGGCUGAGACAACACACGCAGCAGCAGCUCCGGUGGUAGCUGCAGUCAGCGGGGAGCAAAAAGUGACGCCAUGGGAUGUAGAAGGAGCGACGAUAGAUGGCAAACAGGUAGCGAUAGAUUACGACAGGCUCAUUGUCCAAUUUGGAACGAAAAAGAUCGAUCAGGCUCUGUUGGAAAGGUUCGAGAAUGUCACGGGUUGGAGACCUCAUCCGCUGCUGAGGAGAGGCGCCUUCUUCAGUCAUCGGUGAGUACACGCUUGAGAGGGGCGCUGCUACGCCAGCGGCCAAUCGUGACGAACGCUGAGUGCGCGACGCACGAAAUGCUCCUUCAAACGACUGCGCGAUCAGCGGCGUGGAACUCGAGCUAUGUGUGCCAGCCAGUUGGGUAAGAAGUCUGUGCGCUGACUCGAGCAAUGUUCUUCCUCCUGAUCACCAGCGAACUAGACGUCAUUCUGACUCGUUUCGAGCAGAAGAAGCCCUUCUUCUUGUACACUGGCCGAGGACCUAGCAGCGAUAGCAUGCACCUGGGCCACCUCAUCCCUUUUCUCUUCACAAAGUGAGUCGUGAUAGAGCGCCUUGAGGCGACAGCUGCUCCCUGCCAUCCGCAUACACGCCCUCGCCGCAAUCUAUGCUGCGCCUGGUGCUGACUCUUCUGCUGUACCUCUCCCUGCAGAUGGCUGCAAGACGUCUUUGACGUGCCCUUGGUGAUUCAGCUCACAGGUGAUUUCAGCGCCACCCUGAAGAAAUCUCGUCAUCUGCCGCUGACUUCCUCGCAUCCCCUCAAUUUCUCUGCAGACGAUGAAAAGUUUCUCUUCAAACCCAAGCUGAAGCUGGAAGAUGUGCAGAAGUUUUCAAUCUCCAACGCUAGAGAUAUCAUUGCUUGCGGAUUCAAGCUGGAGAAGACUUUCAUCUUUUCAAACUUGGACUUUGUAGGGUGUGUACGAGAGCAUUGCGCUCAGUGAUCCUACCCGCCCAGCUUGUUGAUGUCCUUGUUGGUGCGCACCUCCCUUCUAGCGGCCCCUUCUACCACAACGUGGUGCGCAUCGCGAGAACCAUCACCACGAGUCAAUCGAAGGGCACCUUCGGCUUUGACGACUCGUGAGUUGGAUGAAACGAUCGAACGUCGCGCAUCGCUUCCUGGCUCACUCAGGUGGCUUGAAUGCGGCGUGCAGCGACAAUGUGGGCAAACUACACUUCGUAUCGAUCCAAGCCGCGCCAUCCUUUUCCAACUCUUUUCCGCAAAUCUUUGGCGCAAAGAAGGACAUUCCGUGCUUGAUUCCAUGCGCGAUCGACCAGGAUCCCUACUUUCGACAAACACGAGAUGCGGCUGUAAAGUUGAAGUAUCCCAAGCCCAGCUUGAUUCACUCCAAGUUCUUUCCCAGCUUGCAAGGUAGCCAGACCAAAAUGUCUGCUUCCAAUGAAAGCAGCAGUAUAUACAUGACGGACACGGCUGCCCAGAUCAAGAACAAGAUCAACAAGCACGCUUUCAGUGGAGGACAAGAGACUAUCGAGGAGCACAGACGAUUGGGAGGCGAUCCGGACGUCGAUGUGUCUUAUCAAUACCUCAACUUUUUUGUGGAUGACGAUGAGGAGAUGGAACAGAUGGCGCAGGAUUACAGGAAGGGAGAGCUGAUGACUAGCGAGCUGAAAAAGAAGGCCAUCACUGUGUUGCAAGCUGUGGUGAAGAACUUUCAAGAUGUGAGUAUGGCAGCCGAGUCGCGGUUGAAUGUCAGAUUGUUUGCGCGCACGGACGAUUAACGUCAGCGUCUCCCACCUUUCAUCGAUGUAGCGCAAGGCAGCAGUGACGCCCGAAGUCAUUCGGCAAUUUAUGGACAAGACCCGAAAGAUCGAUCACGAGCCGACCGAACCUGGCUCCACUGCACAUUUGCAAAACGACGCUUUCGUAGGCCGGUCCACGACGCUCGACUCGAUCACGAGUGCCGUUGAGGCCGUGUCGCUUUGA